AUGGCUGGUGAAUCCCACGACCUCUGUGCCGGCUGCCCUCGGCCUCCAGUGGCCCGGCCAGGGUCCCUCAGCUCUGGCCGGUGCUGGGCUGUGGGCAAAGCCAGCCAGGAUGAGACCCUGCCGCCGCCCGCCCUGCCCCCUGCCCAGGGCUUCUUCCUCUGGCCCACAAUAGGAGGCUCGUACAGCCCAGACACUGGGCACCAGCAGGCUCCUCCUCCCCAACGCCCGGGCCCUUAUCAGGAAGCAAUUUGGGUUGGUGGGGAGGGGGAAGUCCGAGGCCCCGGGCUCCGCAAGGUGGGUAGGAGAGAUAGGGAAGUGGGGAGGGGGCCGUGGGGCCCUGCUGGGAGGGCCUGAGGAUGGAAGGGAUGCCGGGAGCCAGCGCUGUCCUUGCUGGCCUGGCCCUUGACAUGGUCCCAGAGCUGCCUUCCCUCCUUGCCAGGCAAGGCGCCCGCACCUUUAAUUAGCGAGCAGCAGCCUCUCCCCGAUUCAUCUCAGUCACUGUUUAAUUAGCCGCGCACAAGGCACCCCUACCCCCCAGCUCUGGGUUGAGCAGCCUGCCUCUCUCACGGAGGCUGCCACCACCUCAUGGUGUCCCCUCUCACACACACACACACCCCACCGUAUUUAUUCUGCUCCCCAGAAGGGGGGAUGGGGCGGGCACGCCUGGCUGAAACCUCAAGGAGAUUCUGGGCACUGACGCUUGUAUUCAAAGCAUCCAGCAAACAUUAUUAGGGCUUCGAGUCUGCGCCAGGCUGGCGCUGGGCGGAACCCAGGCUGGAUGGGGGUGGCCGGCCGCCGUCCUGUCCAACUGUUCCAGAACGGCUUUUCCCUUUGGGAGGUGCCGGGACACCUCUCCAGCUGGUCCCAGGGUGUUGGGAAAAGCUUAAUAAUCCUCCCUGUUGCUCCCCCCCGCACCCCGCAACCAGAAAGGAAUGACCCUUUCUUCCUUCGCCUCCCUGCCCCAGAGCCCAGCAAGCCCCCCAGAGAAGGCUGCAUCCACUGCAGGGGAGAGGGCCCUUCCUCCAGCCGGGCCUCCGCAGUGCUCAGAUCCCAGAGGCCCGGGCCGAGGCCAUGGGCAAAGGGAGGCGGUGAGGCGUCUCAGUCCCGCUCUGGGGCCUUGGGGGCACAGGAGAGAGCCCACAGCCUGUGGCCGAACCGGCUGCCCUCUGUUGCCCUGAAGCAGGGUGGAGCUGGUGGCCCCGGCAGCGCUCACACCCUUCCGGGCAGAGCCGGGGUGCCACCGCCUCAGGGCAGCCAGCUGGAGGCUGGAGGCUCAGGUUCCAGCAGCCCUGCGCCCCAGUCCCUCCUGUGGCUCCAGGCAAAUCAGCCGCCCUGGGGCCUCAGUCCUGCCCACAGAAGGGUGCCGGCCCCCCUGCUCUGAUAUGGACUAGGGACACAGAAGGACUAAUGCUUUAUCUGGUACUGACCGUCUGUGUGGCCGCGGCCAGCCACCAAACUGUGCCGUGCCUCAGUUUCCCCAUAAUGUCUACCUCGUGGGCUGUCCUGAGGAUUAAAUGAUUCACGAUGUUUAACACACUCAGAACGGUGCCUGGCAGAGGGAGGAAUCAUUGGCUGUUUCUGCCAUGAUUUCCCCUGCUUUUACCGAUCGAUAUUUAUUGCCAGGUAUGAGGGACUCGGUGGUGAGUAAUAUGGCAAUCUCCCUGCCUUUCAGAGUUUUCUUUCCGGUGGGGGAGGCGGAUGAAAACAAGUAAAUAAAGGAAAAGUGCAAUUUCAUCUGAACAAAGUCUGCGGUUUAGUUAAUAGUAAUGUGCCGGCGUUAACAUCUUGGUUUUAACAGAUGUACCAUGGUCAGGUUAAGGGACGCGGUGACGUCGAGAAAAGUGGAUGAAAUGUAUACAGCGACCCUCUGUACUGUCUUUGCAGCUUUUCUGUGAACCUAAAAUUAUCCCUCCCCCAAAAAAGUUUAUUUAAAAAGUACAAUUUCGGGUAAGGGUAAGUGCCAUGAAGAAAAUAAACAGGGCUAAGAUAGAAGAGGGUGUGGGGGCCGUUGUAGACAGGGUGGGGUCUAGGAGGGUCUCUGUGAAGAAGUGACACUUGGGAGAAACUGAGUGAUGGGAAGGAGCCAACCUUGGGAGAUGAGGGAAGGGCCUGCCCCAAGCGGACUGACCGGCAAGUGCAAAGGCCCGGAGGCAACCACUGCCUUGGGAGGUUUGCAGUCCACCCGCUGGGUGGGAGAGGCUGGAUGUGGGGAGAUGCGUUCAGAGGAGGAAGUAGCUUCCCUUCAGCAUCAUUUUGCCCUUUCAGAGGACAGGAAGGAAGGAGACUCGGCAAGAGCCUGUACCUAGCACUCUGGUACCUCUUUUUUUUUUUUUUUAAAGUAAGCUCUACGCCCAACACGGGGCUUGAACUCACGGCCCAGAGAUCAAGAGUUGCACGCUUCACCAACUGAGCCUGCCAGGCCCCUCUCUAGUAGCUCAUUUUAGUCUGUAACUUAGUUACCCCGUGGGGGCAAUGUGGUCAUUUCGCUUCUAGACAAGCCGGUGGACAGGUGGAGACUCGGCCCAUGUCACAGGCCUGUGCUUGGAAGGAGACACCUCCUGGGUGUUGAGGUUGUGCUGGGGUCUCGCUGGGAGACACGGAGCGGGUCCAGGCCUGGGUGUGGCUACGGAGGGGUGGGCCAAGCCAGGCACCCUGUGGAUGGGGUCUCUGGCCAGCAUGAGACCAUGUGUCACGGCAAGGGAGCACCUCUGUGUGAUAGUUACGUAAUCCACUCCAGUAACAGUAACACCACACGUAUGUCAUACAAAAUUCUGGAAGUCCAAAACAACAGAUAGGGUGACAAUUUAGAUUCCCCCCUCCCCCCCACUUUUCCUCCCCAGGGAUGCUGUCUGAGACCCGUUCCUUGUGGUCUGGACGACAACUCUUGGACCACACCAGCGGACCAUCGGCGGGCCCCCUGGUACCACCUUCCAGAAAGCCCUAGAUGCAGGGCUGUCUUUUCUCAUCCUCAUCCCCAGCCUUGCCGUGUGUGUAUUGAGCCCUUCCCGUUAAGUCAGAGUGAACUGGGGCGCAGGCAGGUUAAGUCGCUCUCCCACAGGGUUCAGACUCAGGGACUCUCUGACAGCAUUGUACAGAUGAGGAAAGCGAGGCACAGAGAGGUUGUGCGACCAGCCCCCCAUGACUCUGAGCGGGUUGAGGGGCCGGGACCCGAGUCCGGCUGGCUCACUUCAGAACCCACUGCACCGCUGCGGCACCGUCCUGGGAGAAACGCCCCCAACUCUGGAGCCCACCGGACCCAGGACUGAUGUCCACCACUGCCUGGCUGCAUAGCCUCGGGCAAGUCACCGUCUUCCCUGCGAUGCGGGGGGGCCCCCCCCAGGACAAAGAGAAGGAAGCUUUCCUCUCAGAUGGCUUGAGGGUGAGUGCAAGUGGUGGAGAGCUCAGGCGUGGGGCGGGCUCCGGGCACACUGGUCUCACCCCCGCUUGUCAUGAUGGGCAGGAGGAAGGGCACGGCCAGGUGGGUGCUUCAGGGGGCCCUCAGCUCAGGUGGGGCCUUCCUUCCCUGCAGCUGUGCAGACAGAGCAGGGGGUCGGCCCACGAGAGGGAUGGGUGGAACCCUCUCCCCACUGCCUCCCAGCACGCAGCCACGCUGCUGACCCAGGAGUUCUGAGGAGUCAGGAGAGGGGAGGGGGGUUUCCAAAGGUUUGUGUGAUGCCCGCCCCCCCCCCACCCACACACAGACUGAGCACCAGGACCCUGCGGGGGUGGGGAGGUGGCUGGGGCAGGAUGCAGAGGAGGAGGCUGCAGCCAGAAGCGGGCACCCAGGUGCCAGCUUAGGCUGGAUUCCUGGGGAUCUCCAUACUGGCAGUGUGACCUCAGGCUGGUGGGCUGGCCUCCAGCCAGGCAGGCUCAGAAAACGGAUUCAUCUACCUGCCCUGCCCACCCCGGGAUGAUCAGAAUGUUGGGGGCUAAAACAAUCAGAUUCUCCAGGACAAACCCAAAUGCCAGUUUUUUUCAUCUGCAGUGUGCACCAGACUGUUAGGGGCCAGACUAUUUUAGUCCCCCAUCCGGUUCCCUUCCUCACACCCUAGGCCCUGAGAACCUGGGUUAGUAAUGACAAGGGGGCCCUGGGAUCUAGGUGUAGACCGAGGUCUUGGAGUGAUCCUAGCCAGGCUGCAUCAGAACAGCACCGUGGAGCGGAGAAUGCUGGGACCGGGGAGGCAAAACCACGCUUGGGUUUGCCGCCCGGCUCUGCUGUGUCCCUGGGCAUGCUAACUCACCACCGUGAGCCUCAUUUUCCCCAUCUGUAAAACGGGGCUGUUAUCAGGCCGAGAUCUCACCGCAAAGAUAGAGCUUGUGACACAAUGCACAACCUGUAGUAGGUGCUCAAUAAAUCACUCUCCUCCACUGACUAGCCAAGUAAUCUUGUUUUCCAAACCCUACGGGGCCUAGAGACAAACUCUGGCACUUGUCCUGUAUUCACACGGCCGUCUGGGAUCUGUACUUUGGCUGCCAAAUGCUGGAACAUUUACAAGAAGAUGGAAGAGAUGAUUUGCAAGUGGUGCUGUCCCUGCUAAUGGGGCUUGGUGGUCACAGGGCCUCCUCUGCAGGUGCCAGGAGUCUCCUGAGCCCGAGACACCUCUCUCUUGCCCAAGGCUGGGCUUGCCCAACUCACAGAGGUUUCUCUUUGGCAAGUCCUUUUUCUCAAAGGCUCCUGACAAGACAAGACGCCGCCUUCUGUCCUGAUGAUGCCUGGGUGUUGCGUGUGGUCUGUAAGAGCCGAGGCUGCUGCGGAGGGUGGAAGGGGGCUGGGUCAGUUCUUGCCGGGCAUCCUUGAGGGGCCUUCACGCUCCGAUCCCCCCCUGACCCGUGGAGCAGGGCUGAGGGCACAUGGCAGGGCGAUGCUCCCCUGUGGGCCAGCGUGACCGUGCUUGAAAAACUGGGGGUUUCUGAGGGGGUUUUCAAGGCAAGGAGGAUGAUUUUUAGAAAACAUUCUGUCUUUUCUGUGAGGUGGAAACUGUGAGCCAGAUAUGACCUUGACCAUCAGUGUUUUUCCAGGAAGAUGCUAAAUUGAUAUUGGGCCGAAAAGGGCAUUCGUGGUCAAAUAAAUUUGGGAAACACCACCAUGAACAUCCGAUGGGCUUCCUCACUGCAGGUUUCUCAGGCCCUUUCCUGAGCAUUUGCUAAGGGCAGGGGCUGUACCUACUCAGCAGCCAGGCCUGUUGGAUGGUCAUGUUCUUUUCAACCGUCUUUUCUUUCUUUCUCCCUCCCUUCCGUCCUUCCUUCCUUCCUUCCUUUCUUUUUUAAAUUUAUUUAUUUAUUUUGAGAGGAGAAAGAGGGAGAGCGUGCGCAGGGGAGGGGCAGAGAGAGAGGGAGACAGAAUCCCAAGCAGGCUCCUCACAGCCAGCACAGAGUCCGAUGACGUGAGGUUCACACCCACGGACCGUGAGAUCACGACCUGAGCAGAAACCAAGAGUCAGAUGCUUAACUUACUGAGCCACCCAGGCGUCCCUCAAAUUGUUUUCUCAAAAAGCAUCUCGUGAGACUAGAGGGCUAUGGAACACACUUUGGGAAAUGCCGAAACGGUUGAAAAUUUCCCCCUCCUCCAUGUAUGAAAGCUGGAGGACAUGAGGGGGAGAUGGAGGCCAAAUAAGUUGAAAGGACUUGGAGGGUGUUCGAACCUUUAUUUUAUUUUGUAAAUGGUGUAUUAUUUAUUUAUUUAUUUAUUUAUGGGAGAGAGAGAAAGAGUGCAUGAGCAGAGGGGAGAGGUAGAGGGAGAGAGAGAGAGAGAGAGAGAGAGAGAGAGAGAAUCUUAAGUAAGCUCCCCGCUCAGUGCAGAGCCCAACUCGGGGCUCAAUCCCAUGACCCUGGGAUCAUGACCUGAGCUGAAAUCAAAGAACCAGACUCUCAACAGAGUGAGCCACCCAGGCACCCCUCCAACCCUUAUUUUAUUUUUUUAAAUGUUCAUUUAUUUAUUAUUUUGAGAGAGAGAGAGCGACAGACACAGUGAGAGAGAGAGAGAGAGAGAGAGAGAGAGAACAAGCAGGGGAGGGGCAGAGAAGGAGGGAGACAGAGGAUCCAAAGCAGGCUCUGUGUGCUGUCAGUGCAGAGCCCAAGGUGGGGCUCAAACUCAUGAACCAUGAGAUCAUGACCUGAGCUGAAAUCAAGAGCUAGACUCUCACGCGACUGAGCCACCCAGGUGCCCCUCCAACCUCUACUUUAAAGCUGGGACUUUGGGACACCUGGUUGGCUCAUUCAGUGGAGCGUGUGACUCUUGAUCUCAAGACCAUGAGUUUGAGACCCACAUUGGGUGCAGAAAUUAAAAAUAAACUAAUCUCUAAAAAGCUGAGACUUUAAUCCCUAUUUUAUGUGUGUCAACUCACAACCACCCUGGAGAGUAAACACUGCUGUCGUCUUCAUUUUUCUGAGGGUAAACAGAGGCACAGAGAGGCAGGCCCUUCCCCAAGGUUCACAGCUUGUAAGCGGGAUUUGAACUCAGGCUGCCUGAAUGAGGGGCUACACACACAACCACCGCGCAUGCCUUCACCACGGAGGCUGGGUUGGUGAAGCCGGCCCUGCCCAGCAGCCACACGCUGAGGCUCCUGUCUGAGGGUUAAGCUUCCUGCAAGAGGCUGGUCUCCAGUGUUCUUGGGAGAGUCUGCCUCCCAUUUCAUAGGAUGACAGUCUUCAAGCUCUGAAUCCAGGGCCUGGGGACACCCAGUAGGCGAGCCCUGCUGUCCACAGCUUGCCUAGCAGCAGUCUGGCCCCACCAAGAGGCUCUGUUAUGGUCUCAUUUCAUCCGCACCCCGGUUUCUCCAUUCUUGCAGGAGAGGCUUAGAGGGGAGCCAAGACUCAGAGCGGGGAAGUAAUUGUCCCAGCCACACAGCCAGGAGAUGGUGAGGCUGGGAUUCACAGUCAGGCAGUUGGAUUCCAGAGCUGGAUGUUCAGGAUUCAGGUGCCCUUGGUGACAAAGCAGUGGCUUUCCGGAGCCAGGGCAGGGGUACAGCAGCAGGGUCACGCCCCACCACGGCCCUGUUCUCCUCUGACUCGCCAUGGCCCCUACCGAUCCUCUACAGUCCCCCUCUGGACAGAUACGUUCUCCAGUUCCUUGCUAAUGUCUCCGGGCCUCCCCUUCCCAGCCUUACACAGGCCAACAGUCAGUAGCAUAAAAACAGGCAGAUCACUCAGGGCUUUAUCUCCAGCUCCCGGAGCAGGGUCUUGGCCAUAGCCUCCCUCUGGGGGGCAGACUUUUUGUUCUGGGUGUUUUUUCUUCCCUUUGGUUCACCGGUUCCUGGAGGUGGGCUUGUUUGUCCGUCUGUGUCCAUCCACAGACCCUCAUUGGACACCUGUCGUGGGCCUGGCCCCAGCUGGGCUGGCUUCUGUAGCAGCUGUGCUGGCCCUCACUUGCCCAGAGGGUAGGCAGGACUCCAGGAUGCUUCCAGAUCUCCCUGGAGUCAGGGAUGCAUGACUGUAUGGGCAGGAUCUAUUGCUUGACAGUAGGACAGGACAUGGGUUCAAAUCCUACUUCAGUAAUUUAAUAAUAAAGACACAAAUGACCCAUGUUUUUUUUAAAUGAGCAAAGGAUCUGAGUAGACAUUUCUCCCAAGAAGAUAUGUAAAGAGCCAAUAAGCACACGAAAGAUGCUAAACACUAUUAGCCAUCAGGGAAAUGCACAUCAAAACCACGUGGGAUAUCACAUCAUACACACUAGGAUGGCUCUAAUCAAAAAGACAGAUCAUAACAAGUGUUGGCGAGGACAUAGAGAAAAUGUGACCUUCACGUACUGCUGGUGGGAAUGUAAAGUGGUGCAGAUGUUCUGGAAAACAUCCUCAGAAGACGAAACAUAGCAUUAUCCUAUGCCCCAGCAAUUCCACUCCUAGGUGGAUCCCCCCAGGGACUUGAAAACACAUGUCCACACACACAAAUGACAUAAAUGUUCGUAGAAGUAUUAUUCAUAAUACCCAGAAAAGUAGAAAUAACCUGAAUGUCUUUCAACUGAUGAAUUGAGAAAUAUAACAUGGGAUGCUACUUAGCCAUUAAAAGGAAUAAAGUGCCGACCACACACUAUAGCACGGGUGAACCUUGAAGUCAUGUUAAGUAAAGGAAGCCAGACACAAGCACCACACAUUGUGUGAAUCCAUUUAUAUGAAAGGUCCAGAACAGACACAUCUGGAGAGACAAAAAGUGGUUGCUUAUGGCUAGGAGCAGGGGUUUGGGGAAAUGGGGAGUGACUGCUAAUGAGUAGGGUUUUGUGGGGGGAAUAAUGACAAACUUAGCAAAUAGUGGUGUUGGAUGCACAGCUCUGUGAAUACACCAGAAACCGUUGAAUUGGACUCUAAAUGAGUGAAUUGUGUGAUAUGUGAAUUACAUCAGCAUAAAGCUGCUAUAAAAAGUUAGGAAAUACAGAUAAGCAAAAGAAAAAAAAAUGGUAAGGUCAUAAUCCUAUCAUGUAGAGACAACCCCUGUUACAUUUUAUUUAUUUU